AUGUCGAAUUCCCCGACGAGAGCGGCCAGCAAGAUGCAGCGAGCAGCCCGAGAGCGAUGGCGCCGAUGGGCAAAAAAGAGAGCACGAGGGAUCCGGCAGACCAGGGACAGGGGUGGAGGGGGGAGGCUUGGGUGCCACCGCCAUACAAGAGAUACCUCGUCUACAACCCCGCCAUGCCCGCCUCAAAUUACAACGCUCCGAAAUCCACGAAUCCACCUCACGAGGACUCACAGUGACACGGUGCUGUACACUCUCGUCGCCUUGUCACGCAGCAGGGUCCCUCCUCGCAGAGCCUCGAUGAGAUCCAGGUCAUCGAACACGCUUUUCCACGAUCCGAUCUGGGAGGAUUUGUGA